AAUAUAAUAUAAGUUAAGAUGGACCAACCUAUUUUCUUAAGAAUUCUGAAUCUCAUCCUUAUGGUGACACAUAGCUACAAAAUAAUGUUGUAAUGUUUCUGAAUUAAUAUAUAAGGGAUGCAAUAUGUAAACCGAUCAUUUGUUAUUAUAUUUUCCUUUUCAUUUUGCUUUUGUAACUGUUAACAAAAACUGACUUUUAGAAAGAUUGUUUACAUAUCAAAUCUCCCAAAUAUAAAAAACAAUAUUGGCAAUUGAAACUAUGCAAUUUUCCUGAAAAAUGAAAAUACUCGAUUAUUUACAAAUCAUUUUUUCCAAUGGCAUACUUAUUAGUAGACAAUAAAGACGGCCUUUAUUUUUGAAACGCUCUCAAGGAACAGGAACAUAUAAAUUCUAAACAAUCAGUUUAGGUUUCAGACAAAAAGUUGUCAGCUUUCGAUCACUGCCGCCGGCGACUCAAACCCAAUCCACAGUGAGUUCUUCAGAAACCCAUAUACUACCUACAUCGGGUCUUUCGUUGUGUGAUUGAUUAGAGAAUCCAUACUCCUAUGAUUCCAUCAAAGAACUCUCUUUUAUAUGUUGUUUGCUUUUUUUUUUUUUUUUGACAAAUUUAUAUGUUGUUUGUUAAUGCUGUUAGGGUUUCGUUUCGUGAUGUCUGGGGUCGAUAGAAUCAGCGAAUUGCCGGAAUCUUUGCUUACUCAAAUACUCUCAUACCUUCCGACAAAUCAAUCGGUGCAGACAACUGUUUUGUCCAAAAGAUGGGAGAAUGUGUGGCUAAGUGUUCCCUGUCUCGACUUUGACUUACAUUCCUCUGUUGUUCCUUACCAUGACAACCAAGUGCUCUUCACCUUCCUUGACAAUCUUCUCAAUUUUAGCCCUGAGUUAAGUCUCUUAAAAGUCAAGGUUAAGUGCAGAGACAUGAUGAUAGAUGGGUUCAUGGAACGUCUCGGUACAGUGAUUAGCCGUGGAACAGAACAUCUAGAUGUUGAGAGCAGUACUGAUUAUAUAGAUGAUUACACUAAUUCUGUUACCUUACCUUGUGUCGAGUUCAUGCCUAUGAAUCUCUACGCGAGCAAGAAAUUGGUUUACUUGAAGCUCACGUCUUCUGGUCUUAGGGAUCCUGGUUUUGUUUACAUGCCUUGUCUUAAAUUCAUGCAUCUUGAAGAAGUUAAAUGGCGUGUGCAUCUGGAGAAACUUAUCUCAGGGUGUCCUGUUCUUGAGGAGCUGACCUUGUUGAGGGAUCCGGAGGAUGAAUAUAAGGCUUUGCUUGUUAGGACUCGGAGCUUGAAGAGGUUUCGUGUGCUGCCGCUUAGGAAUGGAUAUGUCCGUUCGAGAGUGAAAUGCACGCUUAAGAUUGAUGCUCCAGGGCUAGAGCAUAUGAGUCUAGGUGAUGAUCAGAUCUGUAGCAUUGUGGUAAAGAACCUGACUUGUUUGUUGGUGGUUGAGCUUGAUGUCAAGUUUCGCGUGCUUGUUAAUACUUGGAACGUAUCAAAGAUCAAUGUGAUCCGUGAUUUUCUCAAUGGGAUAUCGUGUGCAAGACAUAUGAUCAUCUCUGCCAAAACAGUGCAGGCCCUUGCUCGCUACUCACAGUUAGGAAUGAUUCCUAAAUUCAAUAACUUAUCCCGUUUACAAGCCGUGUUCCGUAGCAAGUUAGUGCAGUUUCUCCCAGCCUUUCUUGAGUGUUGCCCAAAUCUGAAACACCUAAUCUUGGUUCUUCAUCCAGAGGAGAUGGAGGAAGAAUUGGAACUCACAGAUGUGCCACAGUGUGUGUCAACGACUCUUGAGUGUGUUGAGAUACAAGAUAAGUUUGAAUGGGAGGAAGGGAAGAUGAAAGUAGCCAGUUACUUUCUUGAAAACUCAGCAGUACUGGAGAAACUCAUUCUGAGCCCUACAGCUUAUAAUCAGAACAUAUACGAGAAAGUUAAUAAACUAACAAAACGUUCUCCAGUAUGUCAAAUUAUCCAUGAAUGAAUGAGUUCAAUAUUAUCAGUGUAUGAGUCUUCGAUUUUUUAGUUCUGGUUGGCUUCCUUGACCAUUGUUGUUGAAUCUUCUUGGAUAUGUCUUAUUCCUAUAAAUAUUUAAAGAAAAUUAAGUAUUAUUAGAGCAACAUUAUCGGAUAGAAAUCGAAUUGGUUAUCUGAGCUAAAAAAAUUAAUAUUUUAUUAUUACUUUAUUAGAUAAUUAUAACUUAACUAAAACUAGAAAAUGAAGCUAAUGAAAAACAACAAGUAAGCAAUUACAGUUCUAAACCGAUUUUGGAAAGUUUAGUUUUAAGAUUCUCGUGCUUCAUCUCUUUUAUUUUUUCCGUUUUAAUAAUAUAAUAAUAGUU